UAGAGUCACGGAAGUCUAUAUAUAUGUCUCCAUUUCUCCUCACCUUAAAACUCAAAGUAUCUCAACAAAAACCACCAAUCUCCAAAGCUAGCUAAAACAACACUUAUUUACAUUUCUACUAGUUGAAAUUCACAACAAAUUAAUGGAGAGAGUAAGCAAAAUGGUAGCUGAAAAGCCAGUAGUUAUAUUCAGCAAGAGUUGUUGUUGCAUGAGCUUCUCCAUUAAGUCUCUCUUCUCGGACCUUGGCGUUAACACGACGGUUUACGAGCUCGAUGAGAUGCAACGUGGCCGUGAGAUAGAGGCGGCGCUUUCGACACUUGGCUGCAAUCCAACGGUUCCGGCAGUGUUCAUUGGUGGCCAAAUGGUGGGUGGAGAAAGUGAGGUGAUGAGUCUUCAUCUACAAGGGGCCUUAAAACCUAAACUCAAAACUGCAGGAGCUUUGUGGGUUUAAUAACCUAAAAUAGAAAUAAUCAUAUGGUGAAAAAGGAAUAACAAUGAUCAUGGUGAUGCUUUUGUUCUGUUUUUUUGAGAAUAAUACUCCUGGUUAGAGUUUGGAAACUAAUUAGGAGACCAACUAUAAUAAAGAUUGUGGUGGUGUGCUAAGUACUCUUCCAUUCUUAAGUAGAGAUUUCAUGUUCGAAUUAUAAGUGUGAAAUCGUCUUUUAUCAGUGAGAGUUUUAUAUAUGGGUCUUCUAGAGUGAGGAAAAAAAAAAAAAACCUACUAUUUAGGAGUACUACUUUUAGAAUGAAAAAGGAGAAAGAAAAAACGUGUGUAUAAGAAUUUAACUUACAUGCACUAACAAUGUAAAGGAUUAAUGUUGUAUCAAUAAUUUGUGUUAUUUUGUUGAAA